AUGACAUCGUCCAGCUUGGGGGAACAGGCGGCCGGCCAGGGCCUUGCCCCUGGGGCUGCUUCCACAUUUCACUUCGCAGUGGACUCGUUCAGCGCACAGCCCACAACGCUUCCCCAUUCACAACCCACAGGUUCACCUGGACGCACACAAUUGCGCAUCGCCGAGAACAGAAAGAGGAGCACGGACAGCGCCGGAACUCGAACUCCUGGGGGAAAGAACCACCACUCCACCGUCAUCACCUCCAACCUCAACACCAACCAGCUGCCCAGGCCUGGAUCCAACCUUGACACUUACAACAACACCACGGCAACUGCUGCUCCCCGUAACAACAUACAAGUAAAACUAGCAACCGGCAACGGCAGUGGCACUUUGAACUUUUCGCAGACUGCUGAUGAGAGCAACGUCCAUCACACACACCGUCAGCACCACAACUCCUCCAAACUUCCCGCUUUUCGCUUCGCCGACCUGAAAAGGAAAAAGGACGCAUCACUUUUCCCUCCUUCGCUGCCGCUCCUGCAGCAACACAUCCACAUCCCACCUUCACCUAAUAAGAAAUCUAGACGGGGCUCAGUCUCGUCGCCAGCUGGAGACCCUGUGCAAUUACCUCUUGACCUAAAGCUAGCCGCAACUGCCAGUCCACCACAAUUUAACCAGCAGCAACAACAAAAGCAACCCCAACCGACUAGCCCAUUUAAUCAUAAUCUCGUCAACCGCCCCCAGCGUUCUGCUGAAGAACGAUCGACCUCGACUACCGCUGCUGCAGCAACACCGCCAAGACAAGCCCACAAGCGAUUACAAGACUCUCCUGCCAUUCGAGCCUCGACGUUCCAGCCCUUUUCGCCAACAGCACAGAAGUCGUCUAUUGGCUCAAAACGCCCAGCCUCUUCCGUCUGCGAUAGCCAGAGUGCCGCCAGGGGCCCGUAUGUGUCGAGAUACCGGUCUGCAUCCAUCGUGACACCUUUUGGAAAACGUCGGCAAACAACCUCGAUCGGACUUUUACCUUCCAUCGAUACUGCGCAGGACCCACGCCAACCGGUACCGCCCGCGACCCCCAAGUCGAGGAAGAUUAAUGAGAAGAGGAAAUCCCGCCCGCCAGCCUCUUCCUCCAAACCCGCCAUUGUUCUGAGUGCCUCCGGUCCCGGCUCCGGAGGGCAAACAAAUACGUCGCAGACCCGGCUAUUGCGCUCCUCGACAUUUCGCGACAACUUGCUGCUCGACUACGACUACGAUCCCGGGCGCACUGUGGGCGAUACAAACGAGGGGGACAUGUCGAACUCAACCCAGAGAGACCGCGCAUUGAGGGCCCUGGAGGGUAGACGGGAUGACGAUAUGUCGCGAAUGACACCACCAGACUCAGCUACAGCAGCUUCCGACAAUGAAAAUACGGCCGAAAUCUUUAUGAAUAUUGCCCGCGAGGAUCCAGCACCGCGGCCGGCGCAAACCCGGACUGAGGAUCAGAGCGCAAUUUCACGCAUAAACCGAACCUCCUCCCACCGCCGACCACUGUCUACAGCGAUACCCUCAUACCAGACGUCAUCACCGCCCCAGGUGUCUUCUCGCCGACUUUCCGAUUCCCGCGAAACAACCGCGUCCAGAAGCCGGCUGCUUUCAGACCCACGAACAACGCGAGAACCGAAUUUCCAAGGCAUCACAAGUCGCCUGAAUACCAACAUACCGCAAGAGGAUCUUGGUCGCUCCCAGUCUGUUCGAACGUCCCUCAGACAGAAUCCACCAACGCCCCGGCAGAUAGCGUUCCAGGAUGCUUACGAGGCGGGCGCCGGACUUUCUCGAAGAUCGUCAAUGGCAGAGAUCUCGUCCGUCGGGCGGAAUCAGCAAUAUCGGAUUUCGAACCUUGCUGUUGGCGGCCGGAUCUACAACUCGUCCCCAUUAGUUCCCCGGGCUCCUGAACCGCAAAGACUGGAACCACCUCAGAACGUGGAGACAAAUCAAGGCAACGAAGGAACAGAUUCAUCAGCAUCGACGGCGGACCCCUCUACUGUCUGGGAUGAGCUGGACGACCUAAAGUCUCGCAUUCAUAGGUUGGAGUUGACGGGCAAGAAGCCACCGUCGGGGGCAGGAAAUUCUAGGAGUUCAGAGGAGCGUCCGCCUACAGCGACGACCAAUGCUACAACCAUGUCCGCGUCGCCGAAGCGUGGAUCGGGAGGAACUACGGUUAACCACGGAGAGACGGCUAGUAAUGCGUCAUCACGGGAAACACAACCCAUUCUCCUAUCAGCGCUGUCAAAGACCAAAGGGCUGAUCAGUGCUGAAGUAUUCAAUGCCAUUGAGUCGGCAGCAAACGACGCUUUGGCUUUGACUUCCAUGAUUGGUGCUGCCGGACAACCAGGGCCAAUUUCAAGCGGUGCCAGUGUUGUUGGGGGCUAUGGCAGUGGUGUCACGGACCGACAGCUCCGAAGGAAAGCGGAUAGUAUCUGCAGGAGCUUGACUGAGUUGUGCAUUGCAUUGACGGAUGAAGCUAACCAGUCCAAGCCGGCUCAACCCGCAGCUCCCAGCCGCGAGACUGAAAAGGCCAUAACACCGACAACAGCUACCAAGUUCACAGGCAUCACGGGCCAGCGACGAUCGAGUAUCAUUGCAGAGACAGCAUUGCCGCAACCGAGCGCUACUAGUCCAAGGGCUCCGACGACAAUGGAACAGCGAAGGAUAUCACUCUUGGCUGCGAGUGCUCUACCGAGUCCGAGGAAUGCAGCUAUGCCAGCUACCCCAGUUGACUUUGGUACACCUGGGCGAAAGUCGUCAUUGCUAUUGGCUAGGAACCGUCGGGUUGCGGUAGAGGAACCUGAGGAGCAAGUUGCCGGCAGAAGGUCGUCGCUGCUUUUGAGGAGCCGGAGAGUAGGACAAGAGGAACAAGAAGAGAUGCAAGCGGAGGGUCGUAAGACGUCGCUGCUGCUCCGUUCCCGAAAAGUCUUUAACGAAGAGGACGAGGACCGGUACCGCACCCCGUCCAGGGCCAUAACAGAGGUCAAUGGACUGCGAGGUGCUCCACGGGAAUUUACCGGCCAAACUUCGUCUCCUCCUGACAAAUCUCCGCUUGGUUCUUCGGCUUUGCCCCGCAGGCGAUUGAUCCCUACCUCGAUAAGUUCGAGGCUGGGUACUCCUACCGCUCCUGUAAUACAGCCUUCAGCCAGUCGUCGAUACCUUGACAGGGUAGCAGACGGACAACGGGAGACGGUUGUUGCUAGCAGCUAUGCGGAAAGGCUUGCGGAAGAGAGGGCACAGCGCCAGCUGUCGCUGGGUCAGACGGCGAUGCUCAAUCGGACUGGUAGUAUCAGCCGACGGACUCGUGACUCUGGGAUACCCAGCAUCUCCACGUCGAACUUGCAACAGCAGCAGCAACAGCAAUAUCAACAACAGCAGCAGCAACAAGCCAACGCGCAGCAGGUUGGCGGGUACAGAUAA